AGAUGGGAGAAGGGGACUUUUCAACUUUUAACUAAAGCGAGCAUGUCGUCAUAGCUGUGGGUACCCAAGUUCUUUCUAUUUCAAAGAAAAACUGCAGUCAGCAUUGGUUAUUGAACUUGGUAGUUGCUUGAAAGAACUGAUACUAAGGAGUAAAGAAAGACAGUGUCAGAGAUGGCAGCGGUGGAAAAUAAGUGCACCAGUGAAUUUCUACAGUGAACGCAGAUGAGAGGAAAGACAAUGACAAGAAAAACUCACAAGUCUGAAAGUGGAAUGACGAAAGUUUUACAGGAGUUCCAACAGUGUUAGGCUACUGCUCAACACAGCAGUGGUCUAACACUAAUAUGACCUGCGCAAGAUCCAUGAGAUCCAGCUCCCAGCUGAUAUUAUCCAUUCCAAAAACCAAUUUUAAGUCUCGAGGUGGCAGAGCCUUUUCUGCGGCAGGUCCCUCUGGAACAACCCUUUUGCAUUAUCCGGCCUAACAGCAUCAUGUUCCUUUUGAAUGUGUGGAUCGGCUGUGGACUUUUGCUGUACUUCCCCCCAUGCUCAUACCAGUCAUGUACAGAGGGGACACCAAAACAGUGCCAAGAUGCAGAAUUUGCUCCAGGUUCCAAUUUGGCUGGGGAGGGCUUUGACAUCACCAAAAUGGAGCGUAAAGGGGCUUUUGUGCUCGAUAUGAAUCUGUGGAAACGCAAGGAUAAAACUUGUACCCUGUGUAGCAACCCUUAUCUGGAAAACAAGAAGCAAAAACUGCCCCUUUCAGUGGUCGACUGGAGGGCAAAGCAGUCCUGCAGUGCAACAGUGUCCUCUAAACUUCACAAAUCCAGUGAGUCUCUGGUCAGUUCCAGCUCCUCUUCUGUUGAGAACAACUGGAAGGCAAAUCUAGAUGUAGAUGUGGGGGGCAAAAGUGCCUCGCUGAUGCUGGCUGGAACUCAUUCAAAACUGGCUGAGUACUCCAUGGAGAAAACAAAGAACGACAAGUUCAGCUUCACAAGCAAUAGCAUAUCCUGUGAGUACUACAGCUACAGGGUUUCCAACACUCCCAAGUUGCACAGAGAAUUCCGUAAUGCAGUGAAAAAGCUUCCCAAAGUCUACAGCUUAGAAAACAAGCAACGAUUUUACAAACUGAUUGACAACUUUGGCACCCAUUACAUCACCAAGGUGAAGCUGGGGGGAAGUGUGGAGUCUGUGACCAGCAUCAAACAGUGUGAGGCCAGCCUGCAGGGCCUCAGUGUGGAGGAAGUUCAAAUGUGCCUGGAGGCAGAGGCUGCUGCAACAAUCAAAGUCAGUAUAAAAGCAGAGUCCAAGCACUGCCAGAAGAACUCUGACAAGAUGGAAAACAAGAAAUCUUUCUCAGAUUUCUUCAGUGACAGGUUUACAGAAAUAAGGGGGGGCCAUACCACAGAGGCAGACCUUCUUUUCUCUACAGACAAAAACCCAUCAGCCUACAAAGAAUGGCUAAAGACAGUACCAAAAAGUCCUGACGUAAUCUCAUACUCCCUUGAUUCGCUUCAUGAGUUACUGCCUCCUAACACCUUUGUUAGGAAAAACCUGCGCUCUGCCAUCAGCCAUUACAUUCUGGAGAGAGGCCUGUGGAGGAACUGCAGUGACCGUUGUCAGGCCGGAAUCAGGAGCAACUCAAGAGACACCUGCGUCUGCCAAUGUCACAAUGAACCAACUGUUAACCAGGACUGCUGCCCAACCCGUAAAGGCAUGGCACGGGUUGUUAUCACAGUACAGCGAGCCUCUGAUCUCUGGGGCGACCACACCACUGCUACGGAUGGCUACGUGAAAAUGUUCUUUAAUGGAGAGGUUCAACGUACUCGUGUUUUUCACAAUCAAAACGACCCAGACUGGAACACAGUUUUCGACCUUGGCAUCCAGGAUCUGUCCUCAGGAAAUGUAGUGAGAUUUGAAGUUUGGGAUGAGGACAACACCUGGGAUGAUGACUUGCUGGGAGAAUGUGAGAAAGUUCUGUCUGCUGGAGUUAUGGAGGAUGUGUGCAAUCUGCAGCAUGGCCGGCUCUACUACAAAUGGGAAGUGAAGUGUGCUCCGAGUCUGAACGGAAAUACAUGCAUGGACUAUAAACCAUCGCCUAUGAGUCAAAAUCUGAAGAGAUUUUAUGUGUCACGUCAUGCACAUCCUAUUCCAAAGUCUAUGCUGUUACAGAAGGGAGUGUUUGUGAAUGAAACAACCUCUCUGACCAACCAGAGUUUUCUGGAGGCCAUAGGUUUGGGGUAAAAUAACAAUAAUAUAUGCGAACAAGGCUUACAUUGCAAGAUAACUCAUUUAAUAAAAGGUGUAAUCUUUAUUUCAAGCUUAAUCUUAUUAAUUUGCAACAGAAAAUAAUGUUUUUAAUGCUAAUUCAACCAUAUUUGUAUUGUGACUGCUUUGGGUCAGGCUAAUAUCCAUUUAGGAAAUAGAUAAGCAACCAAUUUAAAGAAGCAAAUAGCCUAAUUAUACGACUAUAAAUGUAUGAAUCGCAUUCAAACAUGGUUUUGAAAGCUGAUAUGUUAAAGAGCCUGUUAUAGGUUCAUAAUUUAUGAUGUGGCCUUUAUCUGAAAUGCAAAUAAUGUAUAUUAGAUGAAGUUUCUGCAAUUAUACUCUGCUCAUUUCUAGCAUUUUAUUGUGUCUACAAACAUUAACAACAUGCAUUUGUGUCUUUUAUACUGUUUCAAUUACUUUGUUCAUUUAUUUAGAAUAAAAUAAGAGCAUCUGAA